AUGGGUAUGGAGCCGCGUAAGGAACUGGCGCAUCGAACGUUUCUGGGCGUUUCUGCGGAGGAGGUUGAAAAAAUAGUCGUGGAUCGAGUUCGCACGAGUAUCCAUGGCCCUGAAGCUCGGGUACAAUUACUGCGUCGUCCAGCGCUGACAUUGGACGAAGCAUUGAAGGUCGCCACCAGUUUCGAGAUCGUCGAGCAGGCGAGAAUAUCCUGCAAUGAGCUAUCGCUAGGGCAACGGCCCGGUCGAACGGACCAAAAGAACAUUUUUCAAGCCAUCAUCGAACGAGAUCAUUCGGACGAAUGGGAUCAGUAUCUAGGAACAGCGUUGUUAGCCUACCGUGCUCAGGUCCAUUCAUCUAUAAAAUACUCCCCAGCCCUCCGCUUCGGAAGCGAGCUACGCCUACCCGAGGAGAUACAAUCGCCGCUAGCACCAGCCAAAAUGAUUGACAUGAACGAUUCCGUCCUCGGACUUCAACAGCGCCUCUCUACAGCCUUUCGAACCACCCACGAAAGUGUUCAAUCCGAACAACAACACCAAAAAUCGGCUUACGAUCGAGGAGCCCAUGGCUUGAGGUACGCUCGAGGAGAUCUAGUGCUUUUGUAUCAUCCAAGCUCCGUACCAGGUACAUCCCAGAAGUUCCAUCAACCAUGGCAAGGACCACAUAUUGUUGUCCACCAGCGCUCACCUAACGCUUAA